CAACCACUUCGUUACGCGCCCAUUGUCCCCGACUCAUGGCAUUGCGCGAGGUCCCGUGGCGGGUUGCCUCCGUCUUCUGUAGGCAUGCGCGGCCUGUCAUUGCCGCAUCGCGACCCUGCAACCGCCGCAAUGCCGCAACGGAAGCCUUCGAAGAGCUUGAGUCGUCGUCCUCCCUUGCCGUCCCUCCGCCAUCAUCAUCCGCCGAGAUAGCCAAGGCCUUCGAUCCAGUUGCGCGGAGUAGAGGGAGAAAGCUUCCGCCAAGCAGAUACCAAUAUCGCUCGCCAAAGUACUACCGCGGCCCCCUCCACCCCCACCAGCCUCCCCCAGUGUCCGACCCCUCAUCGCGUCUCUUCCAGCCCGGCCCAUUCACCCUCCCCCGCCUAGAGCAAACGUACCAGAGCACCAUCGCCUCUGACCUGUUAACCCUUACCUACACCCAUGUCCCACCCGGCUACAGAGCACCUGUUAAGCCCCAGAGAUUACGAGAAUGGGCGGGAGAUUCGCCAUAUUACAAAGGCCGGCCUCUGCGUGGCCCCCGUGGUGGCAGCAAUCUACGGCUCUUGACCCCUCCCGCAACAUUCCGCAACAUACCCGAAAUCACCAAAGUGACGGUCCACUCUAUGGUACCUGAGGCCCAGGACAACAGUGCCGUUCUCCACGUUGCCGGCAUGAUUAUUCAGGCAAUAACCAAUGUCCGAGUAAGGAGUCACAAGGCGAAGCAUAAUGUUGUUGGGUGGGGUCUCCGUUCGGGCAAGAUGGUCUCCAUAACAGCGAACGUAGAACGGGAAGACACAUUCCACUUUCUAGCGAAGCUCGUUGAUGUGGUCCUGCCGCGGAUCAAAGAAUGGAGGGGUGUGCCUGGUUCAUCGGGAGAUAAUAGCGGCAACAUCACCUUUGGCUUGACCCCAGAUGCCGUUGGGCUGUUUCCAGAAAUCGAGGCCAACUAUGAUAUGUACCCCCCCAAGAUGAUACCCGGUUGCCAUAUCACCAUACACACAUCUGCAACUAACGACCGAGACGCCCGAUUACUGCUCCAAUCAAUCGGCAUUCCGUUCUACGGAAAACUGGUAAACUAGGCGCGGCCUUCUGCUGCCAUGUACAGAAUAUGUAGACAUGAAACACAUUUAUUUUUAGAUUAGAGCCCUUGAACAAAGGCAUUACUUCCCCAAACGUAGUCCACUUCUUUGUUCUUUGAACCUCUCUACUACUUCUUGUGGCUUCUUUGGAUCCUACAAUGCCUUUUCUUCUCAAACAAGGCGAUUGUCGCCUUCACCUCGUCCUCAUGUCCCUGUACAAACAGCUACACCGCGACUUCUCGUUACGUCUAUCGUUCCUUCUAUACCUUGUUAGGCACACCAAAACAGCUCCAAACUUCCUUCCCAGCUAAUUUAUAUUCACCAUCUGCCCUGCAAGGUUCAGUAUCACAAACCAUGACAUCCAUACGCUCCCCCAACGCCCGUGCCCGCACAUUCCCCACCAAGCGCACCAGGCCCGCCUUCAACCCAGGAUCCACUUUGAAGACCGGUCUCGCAGCGCCAGCAUUGG